CGUUCACUUCCUUUCCACCCAACGAACAUCACCGCGUGCAAGUAACCAGGAGAAGACUCAGAAGAGGGAAAGAAGACUUGGUAGUUAAUUACAAACUUUUACUCUCUCUCUCUCUCUCUCUCUGAUUUCUUCAAGCGCAAUCCAAAGCGAAAGAAUGGCAGAUAAACAAGAAUCCACGUCGAGUCCACUGAAUCAACUAUCCGAUCCGGACGACGACGUCGCAAAGUCUCCUCCAAACUCCCCCAAUUCCUCCACUCGCAAGGCUUGCUAUGCUGUUCUCCAGAGUUGGGUCUCAAAGAAGUUCAUGACUGGAUGUGUGGUUCUGUUUCCUGUGGCGGUUACGUUCCUCAUCACAUGGUGGUUUAUUCAGUUCUUUGAUGGUUUCUUCAGUCCAGUAUAUGAGAGCCUUGGCAUUGACAUAUUUGGCCUUGGAUUUGUUACAUCACUAAUUUGCAUAUUCUUUGUCGGUAUAUUUGCUUCAUCAUGGAUGGGUGCCACUGUUUUUCUGAUUGGAGAAUGGUUCAUAAAACGAAUGCCCUUUGUUAAGCACCUUUACUCAGCCUCCAAACAGAUUAGUACUGCUAUUUCUCCAGAUCAAAAUACCACAGCUUUUAAAGAGGUUGCAAUCAUCCGCCAUCCACGUGUUGGUGAAUAUGCAUUUGGUUUUAUCACAUCCUCUGUCAUCCUUCAGAAGGAUGAUGGAGAUGUGGAGCUAUGCAGUGUUUAUGUCCCAACAAACCAUCUAUAUAUUGGUGAUAUUUUUCUGGUCAAUUCUGAAGAGAUCAUUCGGCCAAAUUUGUCUAUUCGGGAAGGAAUAGAGAUCGUAAUUUCGGUCGGAAUGACAAUGCCACAGGUGAUUUCUUCUAUAGAAAGGAUUCCUCCUCUGGGUAGAGAUAAUCCUAUGGACGCACUAAUAUAAAGGCAUUAAGGACAGGUGAUUCUCCAAUUACCUUGUCUUUUGUUGGGUUUGGAGUACAAAGUAGUUGAUGUGUUAUCCUUGGUUUUGUUUGGUCAUACAUCAAAAUAUUCUCUUUUGGUAAUGUGAUGGUUAAUGUGGAUGUUUGUUCCAGGUUAACAUGAUAAGGGAUUACUUACUUAUAGAAUAGAAUAGAAUACCUUAACGGAAUACACCCACUCUUCCAAAGAAAACUCAUGUUUGGUGAUGGACUCAUGGGAUAGGGUCGUAGGCAAUUUUGUGGUCAUCUGGCGGCUCUGGCCACCGUCUGUAUGUCGCACUCGCUCAAUGUUGUAUUUCUACCAUCUGCUUGUGUAGAAUGAAAUGCUCAACUGUUCUUUUUUUCUUUUCUUUUUUGGGUAUAAAAGCGGUUUAAUUC